UUGCGUUAAAACCUCUCUCGAUCCCGCGAGGAAUGCUUCCCUUGGUAAGCAGAAGGUUUAAGCUGUCGGCUAGUCUACCCUUAGUCUUCCACCACCACCGCCCACGCUUCAUGGCCUCUGUAGCUCCACCGCCCAAGCGCGUCGGAACCCACAAUGGAAGCUUCCACUGCGACGAAGCCCUCGGCUGCUUCAUGAUUCGCCUCACCGAUAAGUUCUCCAACGCCGAAAUCGUCCGCACCCGCGACCCCAAGGUCUUGGAGGGUUUGGACGCUGUGCUUGAUGUUGGGGGUGUGUAUCACCCGAGCACGGAUCGGUACGAUCAUCACCAGAAGGGGUUUGAGGAGGUUUUUGGCCAUGGGUUUAAGACCAAGCUGAGUAGUGCUGGACUGGUUUACAAGCAUUUUGGGAAGGAAAUAAUAGCCAAGGAGCUUCAAGUUGAUGAAGGACACCUUGAUGUGCAGAGGCUGUUCUUGGCUGUUUACAAAAGCUUUAUGGAGGCGAUUGAUGCAGUUGACAAUGGGAUCAAUCAGUAUGAUACAGACCAGCCUCCAAGAUAUGUGAAUAAUACACACUUAUCUUCAAGGGUCGGGAGGUUGAAUAUGGACUGGAUAGAUCCUGAUCAAUCAUCUGAGAAGGAGAAUGAAGCCUUUCAACAAGCAAUGGCUCUAGCUGGCAGUGAAUUUUUAAGUAGUCUGCGUUUUCAUGCCAAAUCAUGGUUACCAGCACGGUCUAUUGUGAUGGAGUGUCUCCUAGCAAGAUGGAGUAUUGAUCCUAGUGGAGAAAUUAUGGUUUUGAAUCGGUUUUGUCCUUGGAAGCUUCAUUUAUUUGAACUUGAAGAGGAGAUGAAGAUUGACCCUCCCAUCAAAUAUGUUCUCUAUCAGGAUGAUAGGAGUAAAAGCUGGCGAGUUCAAGCGGUGGCAGUUGCUCCUGAUAGAUUCGAGAGCCGAAAGCCUCUUGCAUCUCAAUGGCGAGGGCUUAGAGACGAUGAGCUCUCAACAGCGACUGGGAUACCCGGAUGUGUCUUUGUCCACAUGAGCGGGUUUAUCGGAGGAAAUCAAACAUACGAGGGUGCUCUGGCCAUGGCAAAGGCUAGUCUGAAGCUUUCAUAAACAAGAUUUUGACCUGCAUUGGCAUUUACUAAUUCAGAUGGAUUACUAAACUCUCAGAACUUCACAUUAGUCUAUGCUGAUUUAUCUCAUCUCCCUAAGGAACAACUUUCCUUUGAGUUUCUACAAAUUGCAAUGCCCAUGACUGGAGGCUAUUGUUCUCUCAAUGACUUGGAAUAUGCAAAUUUUUUUUAGCUACA